UAUAUAUAUAUAUAUAUAUAUAUCACAUCUUUAUCCAUUCAUCUGUUGAUGGACAUCUGGGCUUUUUCCAUAGUUUGGCUGUUGUGCACAUUGCUGCUAUAAACUUUAGGGUGCAUGUGCCCCUUUGAAUCACUAUGUUUGUAUCCUUUGGAUAAAAAUCUAGUAAUGAAAUUGCUGGGUAAUAGGGUAGUUCAAUUUUUAACUUUUUGAAGAAUCUUCAUACUAUUUUCCAGAGUGGCUACAAGUUUGCAUUCCCACAAACAGUGUAAAUGGGUUCCUCAUUCUCCACAUCCUUGCCAACAUCUGUUGUUUCCUGUUGUAAAAUUUAGCCAUUCUGACCCGUGUGAGGUGGUAUCUCAUUGUGGUUUUGAUUUGUAUUUCCCUGAUGCUGAGUGAUGUUGAGCAUUGUCCUUAGUUAUUGAGUAGGUAGCAAAAGGAGGAAAGAAAAAUGCAGUCUUCUUAGAAUUUGUUGACAGGGUUAAUUUUUCAGUCAUCCCAAAAGGAAGAAACGUGAGAGGUAGAUUUUUUUUUUUGGAGGUAGAUUUAUAAGCUAUUAUUCUUGAACUCUGAAUUUAAAAAAUAAUAAUAAAGCAAACAAACUAAGAAAAAACACUUAUAUUCUUCCUGGAGAGGAAGAUACAGAUACAAAUUAAAACUUAGUUGGUUAGAGAUUGGAUGUGAGUGUGAAAAUCAGAGAUGAAAUGAAGAUUCCUAAAUUUUCCUGGAUUGAGUUGCUACUGAUAGAUAUUAACAAAGUGAAACUGGAGAGAACCAUUAAAAAUGAGAUUUAGCAACAAGGCCUUCUAGGAACAUGUUGAACUGGAAGAUCCUAUGGGAUAUCAGGAAGAGGAUAUCUAGUAAGCAGUAGAGAAUGGAGUCUAGGACCCAGGUGGCAGAUUGUUCCUCAUGUUCUCUGGGAAAGCAAGUAGGAGCAGAAAUCCCAUGUUGACAUAGGGCGGUGUAAUGGUGUGAGAAGAUAUGGCAUAACAGAGCAAAUCUUGUACUAGAAUCUGGGGAUCUGUUUCACUGAGUGGUCUGAGGAUCUGUUUCACUGAGUGUCCAUUGAGUGGACAAGACACUCUCCCUCCUAGGGCCUCACUUCCUGUCAUGUGUGUGUUCUAGAUCAGUUUCCAAAUGGAUUUGCAUGGAUUUGUGUGGUGGAAACGUAGAGACUCUUUAAUUCUGUCUUGUUUCUAUUUAGUGUCUGCCUUUCUAAAAGAUCUGUUUCAUUUCUUGCUUGCCUCACAAAAUUACAUUCAGGAAGGGGGGGAGUUCCAUUUCUUAAUUAAAUAACAAUAAUGAAAAGUUUGAAAGGCACAGACGCAGGUGCUUGCUCCUGACAUUUCCAGCUUUACCAUUACUGAGCCAUUUUUCUCAUUUCUGUUAUCUACUCAGAAUUUGAUCACUCUAAGCAGGUGCUCCACUAUGACUUGGGAAGAAGAUCAUUUAUCCUAUUAAGAAAAGUUUCUGGAACACAUCUCAUUGUAGUAUACAUAUUUCAAAUGCUGAAGAAGCACUGAAAUAUGGAUACAGUAGAAGUAUUCAAAUCUCACAAUAGCAUAAACCAAAAUUAUAGAAUUAUUUCUGAGAAAAAGAGGUGGUGUUGGAGAAUGGAAAGUAUGAAUGAGAGGGACACAACUUAAAAAAUUAGAAACAAAUACAACCAGUUACUGGAAGGUCAUAAGUUCUGAAAUUGGAAAAUCUGGUUUGGGUCAAGAUUCUAUCACUUACUUGCUGUCUGCUUUGGGCAAUUUGCUUAACUCCUCCAAUCUUUGAGUUUGUCCUUUGGGAAUUAACUGUAUCUUAAAUCCACAUUAACUCUAUCUUCUGGAGAGCUGAUGUCUUCACAUGAGGUAAUGGAGAUGAAAGUGGUAAGUAAUUAGAAAUCAUUAGGCCAGGCCUGCAUUAUUGAAAAAAAUGUCAGUUAUGUGGGUGGACGUACAUACAUAGAUACGGGCGCAGGAGAAUGUACUAAACAGAAUAUCAUGGUUAUGAUCUUAAGAAGCAUGAGACACUAUGCUAAAAAUUGGAUUUUAAGUAUAAAUAUUGGUUGUUGUUACUGAACUAGCCUAUCUCAGUAAAAAAAGAAAUUAUAAGAGAAGUAUAGGUCUAGGAUUCUGGAGAACUGGCUUUUCCAACUGUUAACUCUGACUAAAUAGAAAACUCUUAAACUUUCUGUGUUUGUUGUCCCAUCUGCUAAGUAGCAAUAAUACUGGUCUGCAUAUUUCACAAGUUUCUUUUAGUCACUCAACAAGCCUUCAUAAAACACUGUAAAUUAUCUUCAAACUCCAGAAAAGGUAUUACAGUACUUAGUAUUCAUAUUGUAUACUACUGUGCAUUUUCAUGAAAUGUUCUCAUUGCUCCUAUUUUCUAUUUCAACUUUUGUGCAUUUCAUAUAAUGUCUCUUUACCCCACCUAUGAUUUUACUGGUUCUCAAAUAUAGACAUGCUGUUGUAUUUGCUAAGAAUCCAGAGGAUUAUUAUGCAAGACAGUUCUGGUAGGUGAGUUCAGGGUACAACUAUUUCAGCUGCCCAUAAAUCAAGGAAAUAAGGAAGCUUUCCUUGACAAAUGAAAUUAACACUCUAGCUUGGAUUAACAACCAGUCAUCAUUGUACAGGUCAGUCUUGAUGAAGAUGGGACCCUCCCUUGUGCAUAUACGUAUAUAUACGUGUAUGUGUGCCUCAGAGCAGCAUGUCUCUGCCACCCUCACUUGUCAUCACUAUGAAGAGUCUCACUGUUUUUGCCAUCUUUGCUCUUGCAGCCACCACAUGGGCUGGCCUUCCACCUGCAAUAGGAAGAGAGGUAGACUGCUCCAACUACAAAGGAAAAGGCUCUCAGAUUGCAUGCCCAAGGCACCUGCAACCAAUAUGUGGCACAGAUCAUAAGACUUACAGUAAUGAAUGCAUGUUUUGCGCGCUAACUCUAAACAAAAAUUUUGAAGUCAGGAAACUUCAGGAUACUGCAUGUGAUAUUGAGUGCACUAAAUAUUCUGAUAUAUGUACCAUGGAAUACAGACCUCUCUGUGGAUCUGAUGGAAAAAACUAUUCCAACAAAUGUUUGUUUUGCAAUGCUGUUGUGAAGAGUCGUGGUACAAUCUUUUUGGCCAAGCAUGGACAGUGCUGAGAUUUGGAUCCCAAGUUCCCUUUGGCAGAUUCCAUGUAGAGAACCAAUCUCUUUAAAUAGUUAUGGGGGCAAAUAUGUGGAUUUGAUUCUUCAAU